AUUCCCUAUUUUCAUGGGCAACCUCUCAAUUCUUUGGAGACCCUCCCCUUAUAAGAGACAUUUGCUUAUGCCUUUGCGAAUCUCGAGAACUCAAGCCCUACCCAAACACAAGGAAAACGAAAAUGGCCGAUGAUCCGCAAGAAGUGGCUGAGCGCGAGCGCAUCUUCAAGCGCUUCGACGCGAAUGGGGAUGGGAAGAUCUCCUCUGCGGAGCUCGGUGAUGCUCUCAAGACUCUGGGCUCGGUCACAGCUGAAGAGGUUCAGCGCAUGAUGGCCGAGAUUGAUACUGAUGGCGAUGGGUUCAUCUCGCAUGAGGAGUUCACCGAUUUCGCUCGUGCGAACCGUGGAUUAAUGAAGGAUGUGGCCAAGAUAUUUUAGCUUGCAUCUACAGUCAUAAAUCUAUGAUCUUGAUGAUUUGUUUUCUACCCCUAUAUAGGCCUUACUUCACUUAAACUGUAGCUUCUCGUUUUCGUUUGCCCCUCCAUUUUUGUGCUGUACAAGGUAUGGAAAAUUUGUACUACCGAUGAAAUGAAAAGCGUUUCAUGACACGAUGUGAUUUUACAUUCUAUCGGAUAUCGCAGACUCGUAUGAUGAACAAUAAA